GGUACUAUUCCUCCCACUGGCUGGCACCAACAAUGGGGCAUUUUUCCUCUCACUGAAACCAACGAUGGGGCAAUUUUCCUCACACUGAAACCAACGAUGGGGCAAUUUUCCUCACACUGAAACCAACGAUGGGGCAUUUUUCCUUACACUGAAACCAACGAUGGGGCAUUUUUCCUUACACUGAAACCAACGAUGGGGCAUUUUUCCUUACACUGAAACCAACGAUGGGGCAUUUUUCCUUACACUGAAACCAACGAUGGGGCAUUUUUCCUUACACU